AAUUGCCAUCAAGCACUCUAGGCAAGUGUUCUGCGUUCUGCGGCGUUUCAGAUAGCUGAAUUUAAUCAACUGCAGUUAUUUGAAACCUAGAGCUGUUGCUGAGAAGGUAGGAAGGCAAGAAAAUGGGUGUCCGACGAUUGGGACCGUUACCACGGGCGUUUGACCGACUGUAACUCAUACAGAUCUUGGCUGACAUGCAGGGUAACAACACGAUUUGUAGACGCUACUGUCCGGUGAACGAUGCGUUUGUCCGAUGAACGGGGUAUGCAAGGCUCCGCACAGUUUUCAAUCUCAUUCUAAGCAGAGAAGAGGUACAAUGCUCUCUUUUGGUGUGCUCGAUUACAACUUGGAUACCUACAUUUAUGAUGUGGUAAGGACUGCGUUCAAAAACGAAUAACUGAGAACUCGCGUCUGGAAUAUGAUGGUGUCCGAGGAACGGACCCGCGCUCUACGUGUUCUGUACAAAUAUACACACAAUGGCUGUUGUCAUUCUUGGCUGUAAGGUUUUGCCUUCGUUGGCUAGAAGAAUUGAAGUAGGAGUGCAGAUUUACAAACAUCUGCAAAGAGAUGCUUCCUUCAUGGAACAAAAGGUUUUGAUCAUGGUGGGUCCCAGUUCAGUAGGACAGACAUUCAAUGUAGCUACAAAGAUGCGAGAUAUUGCUGUGGAAAGCGGCAUUGCCGAAGCAAACGUUUUGCUAGAAGAUCAAGGAAAGAACACCGUUGAAAAUGCGUAUUUUAGCAAACGGGUGGUUGAUGACUUGAAGAUCAAUGAAAUUCAUCUUGUGUCGUCAGAAUUCCACAUUCCACGAAAUAAAAUGAUUUUUGGAAACUUUUUUCACAAGCCGUGCUAUAACGUUUACUAUCAUGGAACUAAAGAGGAAAUAACAAAGGAGGAAAAGGAGGCUGAGGACAAUGAGAUAAACAUGGUAGAUCACAAUAUUCACUACUGUAUUACUGAUUAUGGAUCCAAAGAAAAACUGUUGACAUUUACAUCACCUGUGUUAUUGAUUGAUGGAUUUAUUCAUGGCUUUACCACUCGGAUUGGUGGUGUGUCUUGUUAUGAGCCAGCAGCUUCCCUUAAUCUUCUUUUCAAGCCUUCUAAUCGAGAUCCAAUGAUCUUCGUUCAAGAGAACCGGAGAAGAGUAGCUGCUGCUAUCGGCAUUAACAUGAAAACUGCUCAGUGUGUCAGAGUUGCACAUCAAGCAGAUGUCUGGGUUGUUGGUGACCCAAGGCCAGACUACUAUGAUGCCAUCAUAACUGAUCAAGCUGAAGUUGCUAUUGUUACUGCUUUUGCUGAUUGCAUGUCUAUUUUGUUGUGUGAUCCCGUUAAUCAUGUUAUAGCUGCUAUCCACAUAGGAUGGCCCCGAUCUUUGCGACAGAUUGUUAGUCAAGUUAUAGAAAUAAUGAAAAUGAGAUUCUCUUGUAAUCCAGAAAAUAUGAGGGCUGCUCUUGGACCAUCACUUGGUCCAUGCUGCUAUGAAUCAGUAGAUGUCUUGUUUGAUGACAGCGAUGUCACUGUCAGGGAAUUUAUUAUAGCAAAUCCAGAGUGGAAGUGUCCUCAUCUGGAUUUGUGGGGAUAUCUUUAUAUCACUUUACAGAAAUAUGGUUUAUUGGAAAAGAACAUGGACGUACCAAAACCAUAUCAUGAGAAAAUCAAUCCUUCUGUUAUCUUGUUUUCAUCCACAGUUUCUAGAUGUACAUGUUGUGACCCUGGCAAGUUGUUUUUCUCUAGUACUCGAGAUGGCCCUCAAUUUGGCUGCUCCUUGGCUAUCAUACUAAUGAAGUCAUACUCUAUCAGAGGAUUGAAAAGUCUUUUGUAAUACGUGUGUACGGGUGUACGGAUAUUUAGAGGAAGCAAUCCACGCUAAUUAGCAGAUUACAAUGAAGUUGAUAGACUCAUGAUCAAUUUUACUAUAGCUUACAAUUUAUUUCCAGAACGUGUAGCUGGUAGGUCUGAUAUUGAUGACAGAGAACAAUAAAAUAUCGACUAUAAUUAGA